ACGCCGGCAUACAACACGAACCUGGCCGCUUAUAUCACUCAGAAGCAUAAUGAAGUACGUGCUCGGGUUUCUCCUCCGGCUGCCGAUAUGCUGAAAAUGCGCUGGAGCUCCAGUGCCGCUCAGAAGGCACAGGACUGGGCAGACCAGUGUCGCGGAGGUCACAACAGCGCUUCGGAACGAAGAACUACGCAAUUCGGAUGCGGACAAAAUUUAUUGCGCACAUUUAACGGACCGUUCUCGUGGAACGAUGUUUUGCAAAUAUGGUCUACCGAUGAGGCGCGAUUUUUUCGUUAUGGACAUUCGGGAAACAAUCCCAGUGUGGUCGGACACUAUGUUCAGAUGAUCUGGGCUGGAACUUUCCAAGUGGGUUGUGGAUACCGGAAUUGUGGAUCGUGGCAGCUGUAUGUCUGCCAUUAUUGCCCCUCCGCAUCCAAUUACCACGACGCGCUUCGGCCUUAUAAAGCCGGAACCGCAUGCAGUGCUUGUCCUGGACAGUGCCACCACAAUCUUUGUGUAAAUAGUUGUCCUUACGAAAACCGUUACUCCAACUGCGAAUAUAUGGCUAGAUAUCGCGGAUUAUGCCAACAUCCAACCCUGGCAAGCGGAUGUAAAGCCUCAUGCCAUUGUGGCAGCCGUAACCUCCUCUAUACCCCGUAAAUGCACUGGAACAUAGUUUCAGUUCGGAUUCGUGAUCGAAUCAG